UCUGUAAUGAUUAGAUCAACUAAUUAGGCGUAUACAUCUACGAACAAUUUAAUCAUGGCAGGCCUAUUUGGCAAAUGGAAAACUCUAGUCCAAUAAACUCCUCCCAAGUGAAGCCAGACCCGCCCACCUUGGCUUUGCCCUCCCACCCACUUCUAUCCAAUCACAUGCCAGGGUGACAUCUACCGUCUUAUAUAAGGGAACUAGGAUGAACAAAAAACAGAGACAAGUAGAAAGGAAGGGUGAAUGCUGAGGUCUGAGGUACAGUUGUGACCUGUGGACCCCCAAACCCUUGGGCCUCUCUUCUUGGAAGGGAAUCCGACUCUCCAGGCUUCCAGAGCCAGCUGCAAAGAAUUCAACAGCAAGAGGUCAGAUUAAUCAUGGAGAAGCAAGAACUUCCCAAGAGCCUUCUUCCCUCAAUGGCCCCUAAUCAAGAUGUGCAUUCUCAGGAGCCAGGCCACUUUGGUAUGGAAAAUGAAGGCACCAUGAAAGUUGAUGGCCCUGCAAAACCCAUUGUUUAUGUGAAACCCAUGAGAUGUGAGACCCGAGGAUUCAUGGCUCAUCUUGGAGAGAGAGGCCAAGGCCGCCAUGGGGGAAGAAGUCAUCAGGCAGGAAGAGGCCACCUCAGGGGGACAGACCUUCGCAGAGACCCUGAUCUCCAGGUGAGGCCAAGACGCAUGCUACGACCAGGUCUUCAUGUGGAUCCAGAUCACCGUGAAGAGCCAAGCCACCAUGUGGAACCAGAAGCCAGGCAGACCCCAUCCUUCCCUUUUACUGAAGCAACAUCAGUUCAUGGAGAUGGGCUGCAAGGCCCUGGCUCCCAUUCAGUCCAGCCUGGUACAGGACUGCAGGCAGUGCCCAAUGCCUCUGGGUAUUGGGUUCUCACAAAUUCCCCAACUUCAUCCGUCUAUGCCUGCCUAGGGUUCAGACCCUUGGAGGGCUCAGCCUUGCUCUUCACACAGACUCCCUGUGGUACCUUUGUGUACGGGGUCCCAGAAUUUUUCACCCACAUCGCAUACUGAGCUCUAUCACUUGCCACCAGCCCCUGUGUCUGACCUGGAUGUUUCUCCCUGCCCAAACCCAAGUCCCUAUUUCUGUCCCCACCCACUGUUCCCACUUCUCACCUCCACCUCAUGUUAUCCAGACCCAGGUCACAGGUAUGCUGCCCAUGCCACUUGUUGUCUCUUCCUUUUGUUUUUUCAAAGAUGUGGAUGCCUUUA